CUCGACGAACCGCGGCAGCAACAGCAAGCAACAGCAGUAACGGAACAGCUUCGAGUAGUAUUAGCAAGUUUUUUUUAACUGUGUAACCGUGAAAAAAACAGCUGUAAAUUACUAAAAAAUCUAUUGAUCUCGUUUGCCUUAAUAGAAGAAAAAUUAUAACCAAAAGCAGAGAAAGAAAAAUCCAUAAGUUCAAGGUUAGGCAUACAACAACAAAAGUGCAAUUUCCCAGAAUAUAUUCAUACGCGAGUGUGUGUGUAAUUAAUACCAAAAGACUGAUUACAAACCUAAUUUAAUUUCCUCUAACUAAAGGGCAACAAAUCAAAUAAAACAGAAACAAAUUUCAAUAAGGUUACAAAAAUACGCCAGAAAAGUGCACUAAAAGCCUAGAGAUUUCUAAAAUUCAAAAAAAUAGCAUACAAAAAAGUGCUACAAAUCAAAUGAAAAAAAAAAUAAAAACAAAGAGAAGGCCUCAAAGCUCCCUUUGUCAUUGCAAACCCACAAGUAUAUAGAAGGCCCAACAAUACAUAAGUACUCGUACAUAUGUGUAUAUAACCUAGGUCAAUAUUGUUUAUAGUGGCGUGUGAAUGUGCGCAAUACGGCAGAAACAGAAACAACAACCAAAUCAUAGUUGCUCAGCAGAUAGUAAAUACCAAUCAGACAGAAACACACACACACAAACGCCUACUCGUGACCAGAACCUACAGCAUAUACGGAAAUAAAUCAAAAAAAGCAACAACUCGACAAAAAUUUUCAGAGACGAGCGCAAAAACGAAAUACAAAUUUCAACUUGAUAAUAAUUUUAUAACAAUAUCAAAGGCAGCAGCAGGCGAGAGGCAGCUAACGAGCCGAAUCACCAGCGAGUGAAACCCGAACGGCCCGAACGUCCCCCGAACGCGUUUAAGAACCGUCUCUCUCGCUCUCGGCGAUCGCUCGACUCGCUCGCAAAGACAUGUUCCUGUUCUAACGGUCUGGUCUCUAACGCAAACCCGCCACAAAAUAUUGUUGGUCAGCGUCAAGUGCAGACGUGUUCGGCGCGACUGAAAAGAGAACAUCGGCGCAGAGACGCAGCGGCAGCGAUUACGAAUCCGAUUCCGAUUCCGAUUCCGACUGAAGAACGCGACAAAGUGAAUCAAGUUCUGGAUGAGAAACACUUGCCGCUUGUCGAUUCGCGGGUUUGGACGCGCGACUCCCACAAAACAAUCGUUACAAUAAUACACACCCCCCCCACAACAAGUGUCUGAAAAAUCGAAAGCAAUUUCUUCGAACGUGAACCAGCCGCAAGCCAACUUUUGGGAUUACCAACAUUUGCCUUCAAGGAGGAAAAUCAAACUGAGUUUUGUGGAUUUUUCUGUUCAAUUUUAUGAUUCAGCCACAACCAAUAUGGUCUACUAUCCCGCUAACCAGCUGCUCAUAAAAACGGAGCAACCCGCCCAAACGCAAUUCUGCCUGCAGGUGCCGCCCCCAUUAACGGCGACGCCAAGUGCGGGCAUUGGUGGGGCGCCACUGGGCGGACAGCAGGAGCACUACGAGCUGCUGCAGACGCCGCAGCAGCGACAAAUGCAACUGCAGCAGCAGCAGUCCCAGGAACAACAGCAAUUUGUUAGCUACAGCUAUCAGCUGGCGUUACAACAGCAGCAUGAAAGUAUUACAACAACAACAACGACGCCACAUGCAGCAUCCGCAGCAGCAGCAGCACAGCGCGUCAAGACAGAGCCUCCGCCAAGCGCCAGCUACAGCGCUGCCACUGCGCAGCCGCGCAAGCAGAACGGCACGAAACCACAGUUCAAGUGCGAACAGUGCGGCAUGACGUUCGGCAGCAAAUCGGCCCACACUUCGCACACGAAGUCGCAUGCGAAGAAUGCCGAAAUGGCACUCCAUGGAGCGGGAGGAGCACCCGGCCACGCAUCCACAUCGUCACCCAUCGAACUGAACGAAGCGGGUCUGCCGGUGGGCAUACCCAAGAGUCCGACCAUCAAGCCGCUAGCGAAUGUGGCCGCCGGAGCGGAUCCGUAUCAGUGCAAUGUGUGCCAGAAGACAUUCGCAGUGCCCGCGAGGCUGAUCCGUCACUAUCGCACCCAUACCGGAGAACGUCCCUUCGAGUGCGAAUUCUGCCACAAGCUAUUCAGCGUCAAGGAGAACCUCCAGGUGCACCGUCGCAUCCACACCAAGGAGCGUCCGUACAAGUGUGAUGUAUGCGGCAGGGCCUUUGAGCAUUCGGGAAAGCUGCAUCGCCACAUGCGCAUCCAUACGGGAGAGCGGCCGCACAAGUGCUCCGUCUGUGAGAAGACCUUCAUCCAAUCCGGACAGCUGGUCAUCCACAUGCGCACCCACACGGGCGAGAAGCCGUACAAGUGCCCGGAGCCGGGCUGCGGCAAGGGAUUCACCUGCUCCAAACAGCUCAAGGUGCACUCCCGCACGCACACGGGCGAGAAGCCCUAUCACUGCGACAUCUGCUUCCGGGAUUUUGGGUACAAUCACGUGCUGAAGCUGCAUCGCGUGCAACACUACGGAUCCAAGUGCUACAAGUGCACCAUCUGCGACGAGACGUUCAAGAACAAGAAGGAGAUGGAGGCCCACAUCAAGGGGCAUGCCAACGAGAUACCCGACGAUGAGGCCGAGGCGGCAGGUGCAACGGCAGUGGGUUCCACCUCCUCCGCAUCGUCGUCGUCCUCGCAGGGACUCGCCAGCAAUUCUGAAAGCAGCAAUAAUUCUCCCCCAAGCUCUCCGCCGGCAGUGAAGAAGCCUCGCCAACCACGUCAGCCUCGUGCAGUCAAGGCGGCCGUCACUGGAGUGCCAGUCCUUUCCGCCCCACUAUCGCCAAGCUCUCCCAGUUCCACGUACUCGCCAUCCGCCAGCAGCCUGGCCUCACCGCCGCCAUCCGCAGUCCAAUAUCUGCCCGCCGUGCCAUUGGACACGGAUGCACUAAGUCGGGACAGUGGCGUCUCCAGUGCCCAGCCCGCCCCCAGCAGCUAUACGGAGGAGGAAUUGCCCACGGAUCUGAGCAUGCAACAGAAUCAGAGCCAGAGCCAGCCGCCAGCACCAAUGGUCUACCAGCCCUACCAGGCGACGCCCAGUUUAGUGGAGCUACAGCCACAGGCACAGCCCCUGACCAUCAAUCCUGCACUGCUCGAGGCGGCCAGUAUUGCACGUCAGGAUGAGGACCAUGUCAACGAUGAGGAUGUCCAUGCCGCUGCCUGGCAAAUGAUGCAACUGCGCCGUGGGCAUGCUGCUUCACCUCCUCCAGAGGCAGUGCCACAGCCAACGCCAUCGCCACAGCCCACGCUGCAUGUCAGCGAUCUGGCGGCCAACUAUGACGAUACCCACGAGGCCACCGUGCUCAUCGAGCACUUUAAGCGUGGCGAUCUGGCACGUCAUGGCCUGCACAAAGGCUACGCGCCUGUGCCCAAGUAUGAAUCUGCCCUUCCAAAUCCUGACAUUGUGCGCCGCGUGGAGGCAGCCAUUGGUCUGCGAUCCAGCACAGAGUCGCCUGAGCGUAGCUCCUCGCCGGAAAGCGAUUCCCUGAUGAUGGCCGAUCGGAAUGUGAUGACGCUGCCGCUGAGGAAGCGCAAGCAUUACAUGAACAAGGGCGAUGGCACGGCAUGUCAGGCUGAUAGUAGCAACAACAGCCAGGCGGCGCUGGGGGGAGCAGGAGAUGGCGCCACAUCGGCUACGACGACCUUAACGGAUGCCAUCAACAACUCCAAGGUGAUGAGGAUGAACUCUGUCAUACAGUUCGCCAAGGCCUCGUAGUGGGGCCCUCCACUCCCCCAAAAAUCAGCAUAAAGACUGUCCAGCAAAUUCUAACUGAAAUUAGUUUUAAUUUUCCUUUUGAGGUUCGAGGUUCGACGAGGAGAUGGCAUCUAUAAAUGGUAGAUCUCUCGUCUGGAAUGGAAUUGUUUUCUAGCAGCGAAAAAGAAAAUGCCAAAAGUAUUAUAAAAAAAGAAGUUGAUGAAAAAUUUGUUUUAAAAUUAAUAUUACUCCCCAAUCGCACGAUCGAUUUUUGUUGAAUGUUUGUUUUGAAAGAAUUUUAAUGGAUUGAUUUGGCAGUUAGUAUAUCGUUUAUGUUUUCCCCCUUCCCCUGUGUUUUUAAUUAGUCAAAUUGCAACAAUUGGCAUUGUCGGUAUUAAGAGUUAGCAUCACUACUUUAAAACGAAUCGUAUUUAAGAACGCUAAACGAGGAUCCAACCAUUAAAACCAUAAAACAUACAGCCCCUAAACAAUAAUAAGCUACGUGCAUGAUUAUACAUACAUAUAUACAUAAAUAUACAUAAUGAUAAUGAGACAUGUAUGCAAGAUAAGGGCCAUAUUGGCACAUAAUAUACAUACAUACAUAUACCUAUAAUUCUAAAGACCUAUUUAUUACUGAGAAACAAAACAUUAAACCUCUGCUCGCCAAAACUAUACUGCAUCGAGAAAGAAGAAGGAUUUUGCGUUAAUUUUUCGCUUAGCCAAGGUCCCAAGUGAUUGACGGAUCUAUUCAAUGGAUAGGUUUGAGCUCUUAAAAUCCCUUUGAUCUGGAUCUUGGAAGUCAUUAAAACCACAUUCUUUUUUCUUGGUGUUCGCACUCCUUUCGCCCUAAAAAGAAAAACCCAGCCACCCAUUAUCCUGAUCAUAAUCAAUUCAUCCGACUCCCUUUUAACCACAAUUUGAUAUGCAUUUUAUAUUUUAUAUAAAACAUACAUAAUAAAUAUUUAGACGAAAACGAAGUCAUUGAAUAACAAACAUAAAUGCUAAACGAAAAAAUUCAAAAAUAUACAAUACGGAGAAUAUUGAACUGAUAAGCAAGGAGCAAGCAAGAAUAAUUAAGUUAAUGAAACACAAACAUAACAUUUACCAAUAACAAAAUCAGAAGAUUACAUUUUCAACAUAUAUUCUAAGUGCGUCAGAUACAUAAUUUUUUGUAAACGCUAAGUUAAUACUUUAGUUAUAAAUUGUAGCAUCAAAUAUUGCAAGUAAAAAGCGCAGAAUGAAAACAACAAAAAAUUACAAAAAAAAGAAUUCAAUAAAAAUGAAGCGUAAAAUUAUA